GGGAUCUUUAGCGUCAUCUCGGAGCGCCAGCCGCCGGGCUAGAGGUAUUGGUGGCGUGCUGAGCCCGGCGGUGCCUGGCUACACUCAUGGCUCUGCGGGUACUGACCCGUGCUCUGGGCUCUCUGAGUCUGGCGCCCCCGGCUGCCGCCGCCCCCGGCCCGAGUGUGCUCCCGACCGCCCAGGCGACAAGCAAUGCUCUCCAGCUGCCCUCUGCCUCGAUGUUGCUCCCCUGCCGCCCGUUCCUUACCUCUGUGGCCCUGAGUGCCAAGUUUGUGUCCUGGAAAAGUCGUACCACGUAUACCGUUGCACCACAGAAAAUGAGGAAAUCUGGAGGCCGAGACCACACAGAAACACUGCUCUCUGCCCAGGACAGGCCUGUUAUUCUGACGUGGAUUAUGUCCCCUCACUGUCCUGACAUAGGCCGAAUCCGAGUGCAUGGUAUCGGUGGGGGUCACAAGCAACGUUAUCGCAUGAUUGACUUUCUUCGGUUCCGGCCGGAGCAGGACACCAAGCCGGGACCCUUUGAGGAGAAGGUCAUCCUCGUCCGCUAUGACCCCUGUAGGUCAGCAGACAUAGCUCUGGUGGCUGGGGGCAACCGGAAACGCUGGAUCGUUGCCACGGAAAACAUGCAGGCUGGAGAUAUAAUCCUUAAUUCUGACCACAUAGGCCGCAUGGCAGUUGCUCCUCGAGAAGGGGAUGCACAUCCUCUUGGGGCCUUGCCAGUGGGGACCCUCAUCAACAGUGUGGAGAGCGAGCCAGGCCGGGGGGCCCAGUAUAUCCGAGCCGCAGGGACGUGCGGUGUGCUGCUACGGAAGGUGAAUGGGACAGCCAUCAUCCAGCUGCCUUCUAAGAGGCAGAUGCAGGUGCUGGAAACGUGCAUAGCAACAGUAGGCCGAGUAUCCAACGUUGAUCAUAACAAACGGGUCAUUGGCAAGGCAGGGCGGAACCGCUGGCUGGGCAAGAGGCCCAACAGCGGGCGAUGGCAACGCAAGGGGGGCUGGGCUGGCAGAAAGAUUCGGCCACUACCCCCAAUGAAGAGUUACGUGAAGCUGCCCUCAGCGGCUGCCCAAAGCUGAUACCUCUGGACUCUAAUAAAAUGACCCCCCAUUUUUA